AUGGCAAUAAUUCCUUCUUCAAACUUCUUAUUUUACUCUCUAGCUCUACUAAUCAUCACACUCUCCUCGAUACCAAAUUCUACUUCUGCUUCUUUGGAGGAAGCAAAUGUUCUUCUUAAAUGGAAAGCAAGCCUUCAAAUCACAAACAACUCCUUGCUCUCUUCAUGGCUUCCCCUCCCUAAAAAUUCUUGUGCAUCGGUUCCAUGCACUUCUUGGUUUGGAGUAGUUUGCAAUACUGAUGAGAGCAUUCACACGUUGAACCUCACUGGAUCUGGAUUAAAGGUGUCAACAACUUCUUUGGCCCUAUCCCACCACAACUCCGAGUCCUCUACAAACUUGUCCAUCUUGAUUUGUCAUCAAAUAAGUUUUCUGGCUCGAUUCCUUCAUCAUUGGCUUAGUGGUUGUAUACCUUUAUCACUAGCAAACCUUAGCAACUUACAGGAACUAUACCUAUGUGUGAAUAAAUUAUCUGGUCCCAUUCCUACUGAACUUGGGAAUUUGAAAUCUCUCACUUACCUUUCGUUAAAAUACAAUCAGCUAAGUGGCUCUAUUCCUUCAUCGUUGGGUGAUUUGUCAUCUUUAAAUGUCCUUUAUUUGGGCCAAAAUCAACUCUCUGGUCCCAUUCCUAUUGAACUUGGGAAUUUGAAGUCUCUCACUCAUCUUGCAGUGAACGACAAUCAACUUAGUGGUUCUAUUCCUUUAUCACUAACAAACCUCAGCAACCUACAGUGUCUGAAACUUCGUGCAAAUAAAUUAUCUGGUUUGAUUCCACAAGGAUUGGGAAGUCUAGGCUUGUUUGAGCUACAACUGGCAAAAAAUCAUUUUUCUGGCCAUUUACCUGGUGAUUUGUGCCAUGGGGGAAAGCUUCAAAGGUUAACAGUGAAUGGUAAUCAAUUUACUGGGCUUAUUUCAAGAAGCUUACGUAAUUGUCUUAGCAUAAUAAGAGCUCAUUUUGAUCAAAAUCAAUUCAUUUGUAACAUCCCGAAAUAG